CGGGCCCUGGCCGCCGGCUCGCCCGUGGACUAUAUGAGCAUCACCAGCUUCCCGCGGCUGCCCGAGGAGGAGCCGAGCGGCGCGGCCGAGAGCGGCCUCCGCGCCCGCAAGGAGGAGGACGCGUUCCUGGGCGAGCAGGACACGGACCCAGAGUCCUUCCUGAAGUCUGCACGGCUCCAGCGCCUGCCCUCGUCCUCCUCAGAGAUGGGAAGCCAGGACGUGUCCCCUCUGCAGGAGACCAGCAAGGAUCCCUUCUCAGGAGACUGCAGCUGCCGGCAGGACGGGCUGACCGUCAUCAUCACCGCCUGCCUGACCUUCGCCACGGGUGUCACUGUGGCCCUCAUCAUGCAGAUCUAUUUUGGGGACCCUCAGCUGUUCCAGCGCAGCGCUGUGGUGACGGACGCCGCGCGCUGCACCGCGCUGGGCACCCACGUGCUGGCCAGGCACGGCUCCUCGGUGGACGCGGCCAUCGCCUCGGCCCUCUGCGCCGGCAUCGUCAACCCUCACACCUCGGGGCUGGGAGGGGGCGGGGUGAUGUUGGUCCACGACAUCCGCAAGAACAGGAGCUGGGUGAUCGACUUCCGUGAGGUGGCUCCCCUGGGCAUCCCACUGGAAGGGGAGCUGCAGCAGGACACCAAGCCAGGUCUGCUCGUGGGGGUACCAGGCAUGAUCCAAGGAAUGCACCAGGCACACCAGUUACAUGGCAGACUCCCGUGGUCCGAGCUGCUGAGCCUCACAGCCGGUGUCGCCCAGAAUGGCUUUAACGUCACACAUGACCUGGCCAAAGCCCUGAGUGAACUGAAGGACCUGAACUUCUCUGACCGAUUCCACGAGAUCUUCCUGCCGGGUGGGCAGCCCCUGCUGCCUGGAAUGUUCAUCCGGCGCCUGGACCUCGCGGCCGUGCUGCAGCUGCUGGGGACAGAAGGGGUGUCAGCCUUCUACAGCGGAAACCUGACCCAGGAGAUGAUCUCCGAGGUCCACAACUAUGGAGGAGUGUUGGUGGAGGAAGAUUUCAGCAAUUACAGUGUCAUUGUGGAGGAGCCCAUGCACACAAUCUAUCGAGGGCACCUUGUUUUCACCCCCCCACCUCCACAUGCAGGUCCUGCACUGAUCACAGCACUGAACAUCCUCGAGGGCUUUAACAUCACAAGGCAAGGAUCCAGAGGGAAUAUCUUACACUGGAUUGCAGAGACACUAAAAAUAGCCCUGAGUCUGGCAAGCAACCUGGGAGACCCAUCUGGUGAUGUGUCUGUCACUCACACAGCAGAAGGCAUGGUGAGUAAAUCAGAAGCCAGCUCCCUGCGCCAGCUGAUCAAUGACUCCCGGUCCUUCCCGUCCGACCUGCACGUGCCUCACUCGGCCCCGCAGAGCGGCACCGCUGCCAGCCAGGUCCUGGUCAUGGGCCCCGAUGACUUCAUUGUCGCCGUGGUGAGUUCUUUGAAUCGUCCCUUUGGCAGUGGAAUAGUAACACCCUCUGGAAUCCUCCUGAACAGCCAGAUGUUGGACUUCUCCUGGCAAAAUAGAACAAUGAACCACUCCAUUCCCAGACCGCAAAACCUCCUUCAGCCUCGGAAGCGGCCGCGGUCCUUCCUGCUGCCCACCAUCGUGAGGCCCUCUGAGGGCAUGUGUGGCACCUACCUGUGUCUGGGAGCCAACAACGGGGACAGAGCCCUGAGCAGCAUCGUCCAGGUUUUGGUAAAUGUUUUAUCAUUUAACAAGAAUCUGAGUGAAAGUUUGUCACUUGGUCGACUUCACCCCCAGCUUCAGUCCAACACCUUGCAGGUUGACAGUGAGUUUCCUGAAGAAGACAUUGAAUUUCUUGUGGCCAGGGGCCAUCAGGUGGAUAAAGUCCCAGUGGUGUCCCUGGUUCACGGGGCCAGGAGAACCAACAGUUUCAUCAUUGGCCUGAAGGACCCCAGGAGUGCAGAUGCUGCUGGAGCCACAACCUUGUAGCAGCUCCCAGGGCCGUGUUCUGUGACCAAGGCUGACAUAACCCCAGUGAUGUGCAUGUUCUGAAGUGGCCCCUUCUCCAGCCCUGCACACUUCUGGGAAGAGGUUCUGCACUCCCAACCCUGACAGUACCAGAGGACAGCACCAACAUCCACCUCUCUUUUUAUUUCUCAAGUAUUUGGAUUGCAAGCAGCCCCAUCCUUGUUAGUGGAGUGGCAAGAGCACUUUUCUUUUGGCAGUCUUGCUAAUAGUUCAGUCUUCCCAAAGCCCAGUUCUAGCCAGCAUCUUACUUUUAGGGAUCAGGAGCAUGAGCAAGGGAAAAAAAAACCUGCUGCUGCUGAUGGAUGAUUAUUCUCAUCUCUCUGUCUUUCCCAAGUUCCUUCGUUGACUCCAGUGUAAGCCAGUAAUUAAUACAGCCUGAUGUAGUGUUUGUUGGUGCCUGCAGCUGGAAUAUUGGGGUGUCCUCUAAUACUCCAUCUGGGCCAGCUGAUUUUUAUCAAUGUGCAGCAUCCCUGAGAAGUUCCUGUGCUCACAUCAUUACAUACUUUCAAUUUUGGCAGUAAUUAUUUUGAACCCGUUGCUGCACAGACUCACUGGCAAUCUGAUUUUGUAACCAAAGCAAUGGUUUUCAACAGCUCUACCAACUUCUUCCUCUAAGAACUUGUGCAUCCCCCAGUAGUUUUCUUACAGAGGUUCAGCCUCAUCACUGAUUAAUGGUGACAAGGUUUAACUUUAUUAGACACUUUUUGGAGAUAUCUUAGCAGUACUCCACAGAGUUGUAAAAAAACACAGAUCAUGGACUGAAGACCACAUGGAGAGCAUUUGGAUGAGUUCAGAGCUUUCCCUCCACUACCUUAUCUCAGCCUGUCCCAAAAGUCUGGGUCAUUCCUACAGAGAGGCUUGGGAAUUUCUGCUGACUGAAUUAAUGGCUGUACCUUAGCUGCGUGUUUUAGUCCUAGUGAAUCUAUUGGAAAAGCUGAAGAGAGUGAGAGAAAAAGUACAAACCAAACCAAGCACUACCAAGGUAAUUUGCUGUCCACAACAUGUAGUGAAAAUAAAAGAAUGCUCUUGAAUUUUUUGUCUGAAAUUGAGAAGGGAAGAAUACCCCAGCUGACAUCUGCACCAGGUCAUUCAGCCCACAUUUGGACAUUUCCUGCUCUUUUUGCUAGCAAGUUAGAGACACUUGGCACUAAAAAAAUCUGGAGUUUGAUCAUUUUCUGCAGUCUAAAAUGUGAUGUUCUCCUUCAUGGUGCAAAUGCACCCAUGGCCACUGUACAUAUUAUAUAUGUAUGUCUGCUUAUGGUUGUCUUGCUCUUUGAUUUGAUGAUCAUAUCACUCACCCCGACCUUCCUCCCCAGGCACCUGUGACACCUUGUUUGUGCCACCCUCUGGUGCUCAAUGCCAUGGGCUGAUUUUGGGGUAGUCAGGGCCACAGGGCAGAUAAAUGGACUAAUUGUUCCUGCCAAAUGAGAGCUGCAGAUCUCAGAACAUCCCAGUGAAGCAUGUUGGGCUGAGUGAGAACAGAGGUGUUUUCGUGCUCUGCUGAAGUGCAGCCACUCAUGAGAGGAGCACAGCAGCUCCCACUGGCUGGACCAUCAGCAGCAUUUCCUGUUCCAAGUGCAUCCGUGCCCUCAGCUGGGAUGGGGGAAGCACAAUGUUGUAUCUGCAAUGUGCCCUGUGCCACCAAGAAGAGACUUUCUUCACCACAGGGACACCAAAUCUAUUUAUUUAUUUAUUUCUCUGUCAUCAGCACUGGAGUUGGUCACUGCCCAAGGGGAGAGAGCUCGUAAAUUCCUGGAGCAGACCUCUCCA